UUUCCUUCCACUGCCCUUUUCUAUACGGCUGUUGGAUUCCUUGAUCUUAUCUCCGUUUCCUUCCAUCCUCUCUCCAGCAACCACACAAUCCCAUAGCACACAACAGACCAACACAGAGGCGGCGACGGAACGAGCAGCAGUACUGUUGCUCUUUCACCUAUUGGCACAAGAUCAAAUUUGGGCGUUGUAGAGUCCUUGUUCCUCUAGCAUGCAAGAACAUGGCAGAAUCGUUGCUUCUUCCUCUAGUGCGUGGCGUGGCCAGCAAGGCUGCAGACGCACUCGUGGGGACGGUGACCCGCAUGUGUGGCCUCGGUGAUGAUCGCCGAACAUUGGAGCGCCAGCUGCUAGCUGUCGAGUGCAAGCUGGCCAACGCCGAGGAGAGGAGCAUGACAAAUGGCUAUGUCAAGAGCUGGAUGAAGGAGCUCAAGUCUGUCGCCUACAAGGCUGACGACGUGCUUGACGACUUCCAGUACGAGGCACUACGCCGCCAGUCUAAAAUCGGCAGGUCCACUUCCCACAAGGUACUUGGCUACAUCACGCGGCACAGCCCGCUGCUCUUCCGUUUUGAAAUGAGCAGGAAACUCAAGAACGUCCUCGAGAAGAUCAGCGCGCAAGUUGGUUGAGGAGAUGAACAAGUUUGGCCUAGAGAAUUCUAUCCAUAGAGAGGAGCAGCAACAUCCUUGGCGGCAGACACACUCAAAAUUGGACGACUCUACCAAAAUAUUUGGAAGAGAUGAUGAUAAGGAAGUGGUGGUCAAGCUGCUGCUGGACUAGCAGGAUCUGCAGAAGGUGCAGGUGCUGCCCAUCUUUGGGAUGGGAGGUCUUGGUAAGACAACUCUUGCUAAGAUGGUGUGUAAUGACCAAGAAGUCCAGAAACAUUUCCAGUUGAAGAUGUGGCACUGCGUGUCAGACAACUUUGAUACCGUUGCUCUUUUGAAAUCCAACAUUGAAUUGGUUGUAAAUAGUGAUCUGCCUGACACCAUUGAGUUGUUGCAAAAGCAACUUCAGGAAGUCAUUGGCCAAAAAAGGUUUAUUCUCAUUCUUGAUGAUGUAUGGUAUGAAGAUAAGAGAAUGUGGGAGGAUGUAUUGAAGCCACUAUUGUGUUCUGUUGGUGGACCAGGAAGUGUUAUAGUGGUCACAUGUCGAAGCAAGCAAGUAGCGUCUAUAAUGUGCACGGUUAAGCCCCAUGAGCUAGUAUUUCUGAGUGCAGAUAAUUCAUGGGACUUGUUUUCAAACAAAACAUUUAGCAAUGGUGUGGAGGAGCAAGCAGAGUUAGUCGCCAUUGGAAGGCAUAUUGUCAAUAAAUGUGGAGGGUUGCCUCUUGCUCUCAAGACAAUGGGUGGAUUGUUGAGUUCACAGAAACAUGUACAUGAAUGGAAGAGCAUUGAAGCAAGUAACAUUGGGGAUAAUGACAGAGGUAAAUAUGAGGUCAUGCUCAUAUUAAAGUUAAGCUGCAAACACCUGUCAUCUGAAAUGAAACAAUGUUUUGCAUUAUGUGCAAUUUUUCGCAAGGAUUAUGAGAUGCAGAAGGAUUUUCUGAUCGAACUAUGGAUGGCAAAUGGUUUUAUACAAGAAGAGGAAACAAUGGAUUUAAUACAGAAAGGAGAAUUCAUUUUUGAUGAGUUGGUUUGGAGAUCCUUCCUCCAAGAUAAGAAAGUGCUAGAAUAUCCAAGAAUGGUAGUAUGUAAAAUGCAUGACUUAAUGCAUGAUCUAGCAAAAUAUGUCAGCAAUGAAUGUGCAAGUAUAGAUGAACUAAAUCAGCGGAAGGCAUUGUUAAAAGAUGGUUGUCACAUGCAAAUGUCAAAGGUUGAUGAAUUAGAACAAAUUAGUGGGUUGUGCAAAGGAAGAACAUGCCUCCGCACUUUGUUAGCUCCUUCAGGAUCGUCACACAAGGAUUUUAAAGAGUUGCUACAAAUAUCAUCAUCACUAAGAGCAUUGCAUUGCCCCCCUUAUUCAAUUGCCAUUUGCAAGGCCAUAAAUGCAAAACAUUUACGGUAUCUUGACCUCUCGGUGUCUGACAUCGUUACAUUGCCAAAUUCAAUAUGUUUGUUGUAUAACUUGCAAACGUUGAGGCUCGUAGCUUGCAAGGAGCUGCGGAAGUUACCAGAAGACAUGACAGGAUUGAGAAAGCUCAUCAAUCUUUAUCUCUUUGAUUGUGAUAGUCUCAGAAGUAUGUCUCCAAACUUUGGUGUAAUGAACAACCUUCACAUAUUAACAACAUUUGUUGUGGAUACUGGAUAUGGCCUUGGAAUAGAGCAGCUCAAAGACUUGAAACACCUUAGCAAUAGGCUGGAGCUAUUGAAUUUGAGCAAGAUAAAGAGUGCAGAGAAUGCAAAAGAAGCCAACCUCAGUCAGAAGCAAAAUUUAACUGAGUUGUUGUUCUCUUGGGACCAAAAAUUUCAUGAUGAGCCUAAAGAUGUCGAAGAAGUGCUCCAAUGUUUAGAACCUCAUUAUAAUAUACAAAAUUUGGAGAUACUCGGAUAUGGUGGUCCACAAAUAUCACAAUUGAUGAGAAAUCCUGAGAUGUUUAACUGUUUGAAAGAACUCAAAAUGUCAAACUGCGCAAGAUGCAAGAGUAUACCUGUAGUAUGGCUCUCUGUCUCUCUAGAGAUUUUGUCCAUAGAGAAGAUGGAUAACUUGACCACAUUAUGUAAUAGCCUUGAUGUGGAAGGUGGAGGACACGUUACUCCUUUCCAAAUUUUCCAAAGGUUGAAGAGGAUGAGGUUGUUUGAGUUACCAAGCCUGGAGAUAUGGGCAGAAAAUAGUGUGGGAGAGCCUUGUGAUAGCUUGCUAAAGUUCCCGAUGCUUGAAGUGCUAAGGAUAGAAAAUUGUCCCAAGCUUGCAAGUAUUCCAAUGAUCCCCGUUGUCAGGGAUAUGAGUAUAGUUGGAGUUCACGGUACAGCAGUCAGUUUCAUUUUUAUGUGCAUCCGUUUGGGCUCUUGGCCAUUUCUCGUGGCUUUAACUCUGGAGUCUAAGGAAGACAUGGCCAUGUUGCUUCUAGACGCCCAACUAAUCCAAAGUGAAAGACCUCUUGAAAAACUAGAGUAUUUGGCUCUGCAAGGUCCUAACAGCUUGGACACAAGGUUUGUAUUGUCUAGAUCAUGCCUUAUGCCUUGGAAAUGCUUUAGAUUUGUGGAAAUGUUGGUGAUUCGCGGGUGCAACAAUCUUGUUCGUUGGCCAUCAGAUGAGCUCGGGUGCUUUGAUCGCCUCUGUGUUUUGCGUAUUGAAGAUUGUGACAACCAGGAGGAGGACACUUCAUCGUCUAAUGGGACACUUCCGCUGUCCCUGGAGGAAUUGGAAAUUUCGUUAUGCAAACAUCUGGUCAAGCUGCCUUCGAACCUUGGAAAUCUGGCCAACCUGAUAAGUCUCUAUGUGGGUUCGUGUAGUGCCCUGAAAGCGCUGCCUGAUGGGAUGUGUGGCCUCACUUCUCUUAGGGAAUUGAGGAUUUGUGAUUGUCCAGCUCUGGAUGAAUUCCCGCAUGGUCUCGUGGAGCGGUUGCCUGCCCUCGAAUUGUUAAAGAUACAUGGCUGCCCGGAGUUGGUAAGACUAUGCAGAGGAGGGAAAUAUUUCAACUUGGUCUCGUCUAUCCCACGUAAGAUAAUUUUUGAUUAGGCGCCAUGAAGACCCAAGCUGCAAAGUAUAAAUCAGUACACGCAUGACACGAGUGCCCUGGUGGGAAUCUCUGAAAGCCUCCACGUCAUGAAGGAGGCAAUCGUCGAUCCGCCCCCAUCAUGCCUUUGUGCGCGGCCGCGACCCGGCCAACCGCCGUACUCCUCAACAGGGCGUAGAGGGGGAAGAGGAAGGUUGGCGCUGUGCGUGCCGUGGCCUGAGGCAAUCACCGUCCUCGACCUCAGAGCGCACUCCAGGGUGGUGCUUCGAUGGCGUGGGCGGGCAUGCAGGAGAGGGAGCGAGAUUUACCUGCAUUGAUGGAGUCGAGAGGAAGGAGCAGAGAAUGCGCGCCAUGGGACAGCGGAGGCCCGAUGGAGCAGCCAGCAGCAGGGACGGUGGGUUCGAAGCCCUCUGAAAUUAGCACAACAUGUAAGUUUGGAGUAGUUAUUAUACACGGCUUAGCUUAAUGGAUAUUCCUGGAAAAUACUCCCUCUGUUUCGAUUUACUCGUCGUGAUUUUAGUUCAAAUUUGCAUGCUAUCAAUGUAUUUGCAUGUUAUAACCUCAUAUA